AUGUGGUCCCCCCUCGCCAAGUCAGAUCAGAGAUCCAACGCCUCCGAGCGCAGGGUAUCCGGGUCCAGCGCCGCCCCCAACCAGGAACAGAACACCGACUUCAACCCUAAGGAAGCCACUUCGAACCUGCAGGAACAGGCACCAGAGGCCCUAACCGAGGAGAACCUGGAACAGCCUUCUACUCCCACCCCUGACCAGAAGGUCCCCGACACAUCAGAGCAGCGCGAUGAGGUUGAGUCUCAGGCGUCCGGCGUCGCUGGAAGCAGUGGUGGCGGCGUGUUUGGGAAGCUGAAGUCUCUUGGCGGUGGUCUUGGGCAGCAGGUUACUCAGACUGUCAAGAGUGUCCCUGGGCUUGCGAGUAAGCCGCUUGGGAUGUUGAAGGGUCUUACGGUCAGUGAGGGUGGUGAGAUCCCUGGCCCUGAAGGUAACAUUGUCGGCCGCGUUGUUGAAGGUGGCGAGGAAGCUGUUGGUGGAACAGUGCAGGAGGGAGGAAAGAUUGUAAAGGGUACUGUUGACGAAGUGAAAGGUGACGCACCUGAAGAAGUACAAGAGGGUGUUGAUACCACCGAAGACCCUGAAAAGGCUGUUGAAGACACAGCCAACGACGCCGAGAAGAAAGCCGACGAUGCCACUGGAGACGUCGAGGAAGCCGCCGAAGGCGCAACAGAUGAUGCUGAGAAGACGGCCGAAGACGUCGAAAAGACAGCCGAGGAGGCAGAAGAGAACCUGCCACCAAUCUCCUCCCUCGAAGGCCUGACCUGCAACAAGGCCGGCAAGAUCAUCGACUCCUCCGGAAAGCCCAUCGGCGAGUUGGUGGAGGGCGACCCCAAGAAACUCUCCAGGCUUGGAAGCAAGCUCGACGACAAGGGUCAAUUCUGGGACAGCCGUGGCAACGUUAUCGGCAAAGCCCAAACAAUCAAGGCCGAGGAUUACGGAGACGAGCCUCCCUUCGCUGGCCUUGAAGGUCUUCACGUUGUCAAGGACGGUUUCGUUGAGGAUGAGGGCGGCAACCGGGUCGGCAAGCUCACGGAGGGCGAUGCUAAGAAGCUCAUCGGCCGUCCUGUCGAUGAGGAUGGCGACGUCACCGACCAGCACGGUAGCGUUAAGGGUCACGCAGAGCCUUAUGAGGAGCCUGAUGAGGAGGAGCCUGAAGAAGAGGAUCUGUCAAUCCUAGAGGGCAAGACAGUCAACAAGGCCGGCAAUGUUGUCGACGAGCAAGGCAAGGUUUAUGGUCGCAUCACCUCUGGCGACGGUAAGCGUCUUGCAGGACGAAAAGUCGACGGCAAGGGUCAGAUCUGGGGUGACGAUGGCAAGGUCAUCGGUAAGGCUGAGCUUAUCCCUGGCGCCGAGCAGGAGAAGCCUGAAGGUGCAUUUUACGGAUUUGAGAACCUCAGCGUCGGUAAGGAUGGCAUGGUCCAGGAUGGAACCGGCCGCGUUGUUGGCCGUGUCGUUGAAGGAGACGCCAUGAAGCUUUCUGGCCGCCAAGUUGAUGAGGAUGGUGACAUUCUUGACAAGAAUGGCAACACCAUUGGACGUGCGGAGCGCUGGGAGCCGGAAGAGAAGAAGCGCAAUGUCAGCCCCAUGGCAGGCCGCAAGGUUACCCGCGACGGUGAAGUGCGCGACACGGAUGGAAACCUCAUCGGCAAGCUGACCUCAGGUAACCUGAGCAGCCUCGUCGGAAAGGAGAUUGACGACAAUGGAUACGUCGUUGACAAUGAUGGAAACAAGAUUGGCGAGUGUACCCUGCUGGAAAACAUCCCAGAGCCCGAGCCUGAGGAGCCUGAGGGCCCGUCCCCCGAAGAGCUUGAGGCUCAGAAGAAGGAAGAGGAAGACAGGGAGCUGGCCAAGAAGAUGUCGAGCAUUGUCUCAGGAACUCUGGACCGUGUUCUGCCCAUCUGCAAGAUGAUCACCGAUCAUGUCGACAAAGCAGAGAGGACACCAAAGGAAGAGCUCGACGAGGAGCAAGUGGUCAAGAGCGUGAAGCCAUUGCUCGAGGAGGCCGGCAGCAUUAUGCAAGAAUGCAACGGCGCAAUUCGUGCUCUCGACCCUGAUGGACGUAUUGCCGCCAAUGCGAAGGCCAGAGCUGCCUCCCACGAGGCAUCGCCUGAAGAACACACGCUGGCCGAGAAGCUGAAGGAGCUUACGGACUCGGUUCUCAGGACAAUCGAAAAUGGAAAGAAGAAGAUCCAGGACAUGCCGCAUGCAAAGAAGGCCCUCAACCCUCUCUGGGGCCUGCUCAGCGAGCCGCUCUUCCAGAUCAUUGCGGCCGUGGGACUCCUCUUGACUGGUGUGCUCGGCCUAGUUGGGCGAUUGCUGGACGGCCUUGGGCUGGGUCCCUUGGUAAAUGGUCUUCUCGGUGGCCUGGGACUUGACAAGCUGCUUGGAAACCUGGGGCUGACAUCCUUGACGGACUCCCUGGGAUUGACCAACAACAAGAAAUAG